GCAGCGGCGGCGCGGGGUGCGCCCAGCCCGGCUCCGCUGCCUCGGCUUCUCGCCGGUAGCUGCGGGUUGGAGAGCGGCUGCGGGAGCGCCCUCGGCGGGGCGGGGAGCCGCCAGGCGCCGGCAAUGGGGAUUUAUAUUCGCCCGCGCCGCAGCCGCCGGGAAGCGGGGCGCGGGCGCCGCGCUUAGGGGCGAUGGGAGAAGCCGUCGGCGGGGCUGAGCCGGGGCGCUGCUGAAAGUUCAGCCCGUGGCCACGCUCGGACUGUUUUCUUAAGAAGUUCCAAUUGCUUGUUUUCAUGACUGUGAGCCUAUUUAAUGAGAGAUGGAGCAGAUGGAUUGCAAGCCCUACCAGCCACUGUCAAAAGUUAAACAUGAAGUGGAUCUAACUUACACAAGUUCUUCAGAUGAAAGCGAAGAUGGGGGAAAGCAAAGGCAAUCUUAUGACUCAAGAGAAACGCUCAAUGAAUAUAGCCAAGAGCUAAGACUUAACUAUAACAGUCAUAGCAGAAAAAGAAAAAACAUUGACCAGUCCACGCAAGACAUGGAAUUCUGUGAGACUCCCCAUAUUCUGUGCUCUGGCUAUCAGACAGAUUUACAUGGUGUAGCUGAGCACGGUUACCCGCUAGAGGUGGGUUCAGAUGUCGACACUGAAACAGAAGGUGCUGCGUCCCCGGAUCAUGCCCUGAGGAUGUGGAUGAGGGGGAUGAAAUCAGAACACAGUUCCUGUUUGUCAAGCCGGGCAAACUCAGCGUUGUCCCUCACGGACACUGACCAUGAAAGGAAGUCUGAUGGGGAGAAUGACAUGCCAGGGAGCCCACACAACCAGUUCACCUUCAGACCCCUACCGCCACCACCUCCACCACCGCACGCGUGCACCUGCGCCAGAAAACCACCUCCAACAGCUGAUUCUCUCCAGAGAAGAUCAAUGACCACCCGCAGCCAGCCCAGUCCUGCUGCCCCGACUCCCCCCACCAGUACGCAAGAUUCGGUGCAUCUCCAUAACAGCUGGGUCUUGAACAGCAACAUACCCCUGGAGACCAGGCAUUUCCUAUUUAAACAUGGAUCUGGGUCUUCAGCUAUCUUCAGCGCAGCCAGUCAGAACUAUCCUUUAACAUCCAAUACUGUUUACUCUCCACCUCCUAGACCUCUUCCUAGAAGUACCUUUUCUAGACCUACCUUCACUUUUAACAAACCUUACAGGUGUUGCAACUGGAAGUGCACUGCUUUGAGUGCUACUGCUAUUACAGUUACCCUGGCGUUGUUGCUAGCCUAUGUUAUCGCAGUACACUUGUUUGGUUUAACCUGGCAACUACAGCCUGUUGUUGAAGGGCAGCUAUAUGAAAAUGGAGUUAGCAAAGGAAACAAAGGGGCAGAAUCCAUGGAUACCACUUACUCUCCAAUCGGAGGAAAAGCUUCUGAUAAAAUGGAAAAAAAAGUGUUUCAGAAAGGACGAGCCAUAGACACAGGAGAAGUUGAGAUUGGAGCCCAAGUUAUGCAGACGAUCCCCCCUGGUUUAUUCUGGCGCUUUCAGAUUACCAUACAUCACCCCAUGUACCUGAAAUUCAACAUCUCGCUGGCAAAGGAUUCGCUGCUGGGAAUUUAUGGCAGAAGAAACAUUCCACCUACUCACACUCAGUUUGAUUUUGUAAAACUGAUGGAUGGAAAACAGUUAAUUAAACAGGAACCAAAAAACUCAGAGGAGCCCCAGCAAGCUCCUAGGAAUCUGAUCUUAACUUCACUGCAAGAGACAGGUUUCAUCGAGUAUAUGGACCAAGGAGCUUGGCACAUGGCAUUCUACAAUGAUGGAAAGAAAGUGGAGCAAGUGUUUGUGCUAACUACAGCGAUUGAAGUCCUGGAUGACUGCUCUACUAAUUGCAAUGGGAAUGGAGAAUGUAUCUCGGGGCACUGCCACUGUUUCCCAGGAUUCCUUGGUCCUGAUUGUGCGAAAGAUUCCUGUCCAGUGCUGUGCAGCGGAAACGGAGAAUAUGAGAAAGGUCACUGUGUGUGUCGAAAUGGGUGGAAAGGACCAGAGUGUGAUGUUCCAGAAGAACAGUGUAUUGAUCCAACAUGCUCUGGCCAUGGAACUUGUAUCAUGGGCAUCUGCAUCUGUGUCCCUGGAUACAAAGGAGAGAUUUGUGAGGAAGAGGACUGCUUGGAUCCCAUGUGCUCCAGCCACGGUGUGUGUGUUCAAGGGGAAUGUCACUGCUCCACAGGCUGGGGCGGCGUGAACUGCGAGACAUCGCUUCCUGUGUGCCAAGAGCAGUGCUCGGGGCACGGGACUUUCCUGCUAGACACAGGAGUCUGCAGCUGUGAACCGCAAUGGACGGGUUCAGACUGUUCAACAGAGCUGUGUACCCUGGACUGUGGCAGCCACGGCGUCUGUUCGAGAGGGAUAUGCCAGUGUGAAGAGGGUUGGGUGGGACCAACCUGUGAAGAGCGUACGUGCCACUCUCACUGUGCUGAACACGGCCAGUGCAAGGAUGGGAAGUGUGAGUGCAGCCCUGGAUGGGAGGGCGACCACUGCACCAUUGCUCACUACUUAGAUGCUGUUCGAGAUGGCUGUCCAGGUCUCUGUUAUGGAAAUGGAAGGUGCACUCUUGAUCAGAAUGGAUGGCACUGUGUUUGUCAAGUGGGCUGGAGUGGCUCAGGAUGUAACGUUGUCAUGGAAAUGGUGUGUGGAGAUAACCUGGACAAUGAUGGAGAUGGCUUGACAGACUGUGUAGACCCUGACUGUUGUCAGCAAAGCAAUUGUUAUGCCAGUCCUCUCUGCCAGGGUUCGCCUGACCCCCUUGACCUUAUUCAGCACAGCCAACCGCCUUUCUCUCAGCAUCCUCCAAGGCUCUUUUACGAUCGAAUCAGGUUCCUUAUUGGGAAGGAAAGCACUCAUGUAAUCCCAGGAGAUGUCUUAUUUGAGAGCAGGCGGGCUUGUGUCAUUCGAGGCCAGGUGGCAGCAAUAGAUGGAACACCUUUGGUUGGAGUGAAUGUCAGUUUUCUGCACCACAAUGAGUAUGGAUACACCAUCAGUCGACAGGAUGGAAGUUUUGACCUUGUGGCUGUGGGAGGCAUCUCUGUCACACUGGUUUUUGACAGAUCUCCUUUUAUAUCUGAAAAAAGGACACUUUGGUUGCCUUGGAAUAGAUUUAUGAUCAUAGACAAAGUUGUAAUGCAAAGAACAGAGUCAGACACACCAUCUUGUGACAUCAGUAGUUUUAUCAGCCCAAAUCCGAUUGUACUCCCUUCACCCUUGACAGCAUUUGGAGGGUCCUGUCCCGAAAGAGGAACCGUUAUUCCAGAGCUACAGGUGGUCCAAGAGGAAAUCCCAAUUCCUUCAAGUUUUGUGAAGCUGAGUUAUCUCAGUAGUCGAACUCCAGGGUAUAAAACUUUGCUGCGCAUUAUUUUGACACACACAACCAUUCCCUCUGGAAUGACAAAAGUCCAUCUGAUAGUCGCUGUUGAAGGACGUUUGCUUCAAAAAUGGUUUCCUGCUGCAGCCAAUUUGGUGUACACAUUUGCCUGGAAUAAGACAGAUAUAUACGGACAGAAGGUUUCUGGUCUGGCUGAGGCAAUGGUGUCGGUGGGAUAUGAAUAUGAAACAUGUCCUGAUUUUGUUCUGUGGGAGAAGAGAACAGUAAUCCUUCAAGGCUUUGAAAUGGAUGCUUCAAAUCUGGGAGGCUGGUCUAUAAACAAACACCAUGUAUUAAAUCCACAAAGUGGAAUUGUACACAAAGGAAAUGGUGAAAACAUGUUCAUUUCCCAGCAGCCGCCGGUCAUCUCAACCGUGAUGGGCAACGGACACCAGAGAAGUGUCUCUUGCUCCAACUGCAACGGUCUCGCGCUCAACAGCAAACUCUUUGCCCCGGUUGCUCUUGCUUCUGGGCCUGAUGGCAGCGUGUAUAUUGGUGACUUCAAUUUUGUCAGACGGAUCUUUCCCUCUGGAAAUUCAAUUGGGAUAUUAGAAUUAAGGAAUAGAGACACAAGACACAGUACAAGCCCUGCACAUAAAUAUUACUUGGCCGUCGAUCCAGUAUCAGAAUCCCUUUACUUAUCAGAUACCAACACCAGAAAAGUCUACAAAGCAAGAUCUCUCAUUGAAACAAAGGAUCUGGCCAAAAACGCAGACGUGGUGGCAGGAACAGGUGAUCAGUGCCUUCCAUUUGACCAGAGUCACUGUGGAGAUGGCGGAAAGGCAUCCGAGGCCUCUCUCAACAGUCCAAGAGGUAUCACUGUAGAUAAGCAUGGAUUUAUUUACUUCGUUGAUGGUACCAUGAUUCGGAAAAUUGAUGAGAAUGGUGUGAUCACAACAAUAAUAGGUUCGAAUGGCCUCACGUCAACCCAGCCAUUGAGCUGUGACUCUGGAAUGGACAUCACUCAGGUGCGGUUGGAGUGGCCAACAGACCUCACAGUGAACCCUCUGGACAAUUCACUGUAUGUCCUGGACAACAACAUUGUCCUGCAGAUCUCUGAGAACAGGCGUGUGCGCAUUAUUGCAGGGCGUCCCAUCCACUGCCAGGUGCCAGGCAUUGACCACUUCAUCGUCAGCAAGGUGGCCAUCCAUUCCACCCUGGAGUCAGCCAGGGCAAUUGCUGUAUCCCACAGUGGGAUACUCUACAUUGCGGAGACAGAUGAAAGAAAGAUCAACCGUAUACAACAGGUCACAACCAAUGGUGAGAUCUCUAUAGUCGCUGGAGCCCCGUCAGAUUGUGACUGCAAGAUUGAUCCUAAUUGUGACUGUUUUUCAGGUGAUGGUGGAUAUGCCAAAGAUGCAAAGCUGAAAGCUCCUUCUUCUCUAGCAGUCUCUCCUGAUGACACGCUGUAUGUAGCAGACCUUGGCAAUGUUCGCAUCCGUGCAGUUAGCCGAAACAAGCCUCAUCUCAGUGACACGAAUAUGUAUGAGAUUGCAUCACCAGCAGACCAAGAACUGUAUCAGUUCACCAUCAACGGCACCCACCUGCACACGCUGAACCUCAUAACGAGGGACUACAUCUACAAUUUCACCUAUAGCGGGGAUGGAGAUAUUGGCACCAUUACCAGCAGCAACGGGAAUUCAGUUCACAUCCGCAGAGACACGAGUGGGCUGCCCCUGUGGGUUGUGGUGCCGGGGGGACAGGUGUACUGGCUGACAAUAAGCACCAAUGGGGUUCUUAAAAGAGUUUAUGCCCAAGGCUACAACCUCGCUCUGAUGACAUAUCCUGGAAACACAGGGCUUUUAGCAACCAAAAGUGAUGAAAAUGGAUGGACAACUGUGUAUGAGUAUGACUCAGAUGGCCAUCUGACCAAUGCGACCUUCCCGACCGGAGAAGUCAGCAGUUUCCACAGCGAUGUUGAAAAACUGACACGAGUAGAACUGGAUACUUCUAACAGAGAGAAUGUGAUCACGGCCACAAAUUUCUCAGCUACCUCUACAAUAUAUACUUUAAAACAAGAUAACACACAGAAUAUCUACCGGGUCAGCCCAGAUGGGUCUCUGAGAGUCACCUUUGCCAGCGGAAUGGAAAUCACGCUUAACACGGAGCCUCAUAUUCUAGCAGGGGUUGUCAGCCCCACUUUAGGGAAGUGCAAUAUCUCCCUUCCGGGAGAGCAUAACUCAAAUCUUAUUGAAUGGAGGCAAAGGAGGGAGCAGACCAAAGGCAAUAUCUCCACGUUUGAGAGAAGGCUAAGGGCCCACAACAGAAAUCUGCUUUCCAUUGAUUUCGAUCACGUAACCAGAACAGGGAAGAUUUAUGAUGAUCACCGAAAAUUCACUCUUCGGAUUAUGUAUGAUCAGAUAGGACGCCCAGUUUUAUGGUCGCCCAUCAGCAAGUACAAUGAGGUCAAUAUCACUUAUUCACAUUCUGGAUUAGUCACCUAUAUCCAAAGAGGAACGUGGACUGAGAAAAUGGAGUAUGAUCCAAGUGGGAACAUUAUUUCCAGAACAUGGGCAGAUGGUAAAAUAUGGAGUUACACAUAUUUGGAAAAGUCCGUGAUGCUCCUGUUGCACAGCCAGCGCCGCUACAUCUUUGAGUACGACCAGUCCAACUACCUGCUAUCAGUCACCAUGCCGAGCAUGGUGCGCCAUGCCUUGCAAACCAUGCUGUCCGUCGGAUACUACCGCAAUAUCUAUACCCCUCCAGACAGCAACGCGGCUUUCAUACAGGACGUCACCAGAGAUGGACGCCUUCUGCAAACGUUAUAUCCUGGGACAGGACGCAGGGUCCUUUACAAAUACACCAAACAAUCCCGACUUUCCGAGAUUCUUUAUGAUACUACUCAAGUCACAUUCACCUAUGAGGAAUCUUCUGGGGUUAUUAAAACAAUACAUUUAAUGCAUGAUGGGUUCAUCUGUACCAUCAGAUACAGGCAAACAGGUCCGCUUAUUGGUCGACAAAUCUUCAGGUUUAGUGAAGAAGGGCUUGUAAAUGCCAGAUUCGACUACAGCUAUAACAAUUUCCGUGUCACAAGCAUGCAGGCCAUGAUAAAUGAGACGCCUCUUCCGAUAGAUCUGUACCGUUACGUUGAUGUCUCUGGCAGGACUGAACAAUUUGGGAAAUUCAGUGUAAUUAAUUAUGAUUUAAACCAAGUUAUAACCACCACUGUGAUGAAACACACCAAAAUUUUUAGUGCAAAUGGUCAAGUGAUCGAAGUACAAUAUGAAAUUCUCAAGUCUAUCGCUUACUGGAUGACCAUCCAGUAUGACAAUAUGGGUCGUAUGGUGAUCUGUGAUAUACGCGUAGGUGUAGAUGCUAAUAUAACAAGGUAUUUUUACGAAUAUGAUGCUGAUGGUCAGCUUCAGACUGUAUCUGUGAAUGAUAAAACCCAGUGGCGCUACAGCUAUGACCUUAAUGGCAACAUCAACUUGCUGAGCCACGGAAACAGUGCACGCCUCACUCCUCUGAGAUACGAUCUAAGAGAUCGCAUUACCAGACUUGGAGAAAUUCAAUAUAAAAUGGACGAAGAUGGUUUUCUCAGGCAAAGAGGCAAUGAGAUCUUUGAGUACAACUCUAAUGGUCUGCUGAACAAAGCAUACAACAAAGUGUCUGGCUGGACUGUGCAGUACUGUUACGAUGGUCUUGGAAGACGAGUCGCAAGCAAAUCAAGCCUAGGACAACACUUACAGUUCUUCUACGCUGAUCUCUCCAACCCAAUAAGAGUUACCCACUUGUACAAUCAUAGUAGCUCAGAAAUAACGUCCCUAUAUUAUGAUCUUCAAGGUCAUCUCAUCGCAAUGGAAUUAAGCAGUGGAGAAGAAUAUUAUGUUGCUUGUGAUAACACUGGAACUCCUCUAGCUGUAUUUAGCAGUCGGGGCCAAGUCAUAAAAGAAAUUUUGUACACCCCAUAUGGAGAGAUCUAUCAGGACACUAAUCCAGAUUUCCAGGUUAUCAUUGGAUUUCAUGGGGGGCUUUAUGAUUCUCUUACUAAAUUAGUUCAUCUGGGUCAGCGGGACUAUGAUGUCAUUGCUGGUCGGUGGACAACACCAAAUCAUCAUAUAUGGAAACACCUGAAUGCUGUCCCACAACCAUUUAACCUCUACUCGUUUGAAAAUAAUUACCCAGUUGGCAGAAUCCAAGAUGUUGCUAAGUAUACAACAGACAUUGGAAGUUGGCUAGAGCUGUUUGGAUUCCAGUUGCACAAUGUACUACCUGGAUUCCCAAAACCAGAGAUAGAAGCUUUGGAGACAACAUAUGAACUUCUGCAGCUUCAAACAAAAACCCAAGAGUGGGAUCCUGGAAAGACUAUCCUUGGUAUUCAGUGUGAGCUACAAAAGCAACUCCGAAACUUUAUAUCCUUGGAUCAACUUCCUAUGACACCCAGGUAUAGUGAUGGGAAGUGCUAUGAGGGAGUGAAGCAGCCGAGGUUUGCAGCUGUUCCUUCAGUAUUUGGAAGAGGCAUCAAAUUCGCUAUAAAGGAUGGUUUAGUGACAGCUGACAUUAUAGGCGUGGCUAACGAGGACAGCCGGCGCAUUGCUGCCAUCCUCAACAACGCUCACUAUCUGGAGAACCUUCAUUUCACCAUAGAAGGCCGAGACACGCAUUACUUCAUCAAGCUGGGGUCUUUGGAAGAAGACUUGGCCCUUAUAGGAAACACUGGAGGACGACGCAUUUUGGAGAACGGUGUCAACGUCACGGUAUCGCAGAUGACUUCUGUGAUCAACGGGAGGACUAGACGCUUCGCUGACAUCCAGCUCCAGCACAGCGCACUGUGCUUUAAUGUUCGCUAUGGAACAACGGUGGAGGAAGAAAAAAACCACGUCUUAGAGAUAGCCAGGCAGAGAGCUGUGGCUCAGGCCUGGACUAAGGAGCAGAGACGGCUGCAGGAUGGGGAAGAAGGUAUUAGGGCAUGGACAGAUGGAGAGAAACAGCAGCUUUUAAGCACUGGGCGGGUACAAGGCUACGAUGGAUAUUUUGUUUUAUCUGUGGAGCAGUAUCUCGAACUUUCUGACAGUGCCAAUAAUAUUCACUUUAUGAGACAGAGUGAAAUAGGCAGAAGGUAACAAAGAAAAUCUCUGCCUUUGCGUCACCAAAGACUGCCUGUUUUUAAACGUAAAAAUGGUUUAUUGUAUUGGUUUUUCUAGAUCAGAACUCUGUAUAUAUAAAUAUAGAGGAAAAAACAUAUCCAACUGCCUUUAAAUGUGACAGAAGAUGGUAUUUUAAUAUUGUUCGUUUAACUCUUUGAGAGAUGACAGUGACGAUUUUUAGUUCUUGUGUGGCAGUAUUCAAAAAUUUCAGAGGCAGAGUCCUGACAGCCGAGCAGCACGACCUGCGCGUGAGGUGCCCGGGGUGACACCCGCACAUCUCUGCAGGGGACGGGAGAGCACAUGAGGCUCUGCCUUCUUCUUAAAAAAACACAACUUCUUUGUUGUUGUUCAUUUAAUAAUUCACCAGUUAUUUAAAAGGUUAUAGAGCCUGAUUCUGAAACCGGUGUUUACCGAGUAGGUUUUAUCCCAGUGAGAUCUCCCAUAAGUUCAAGGAAUUGCAUACAGAAACCAGACUGCGUGUGGAAACUUCAUAGUUGCUCACCAACCAUGCACAUGCCAUUCCUCACAGCUACCAUCUAGGGGACUUUUCUAACCUGGGAAAUCCGACUUGUAUUGGAUACCGUGCAUAAAAGACUGUCCCUCAUGGCCUUUAGGUUUGUUCAGCCAUAGGCACCUCUCAGCCACUCAGUGAUGAACACCACAUUGCAUCUACUCUUGCACUCAUGGUCUCUCUCCCGAGGUUUCCCUCAGCACUGCGUUAAGCUGAAGUCUGGCAGCACAUAUAGAUCUUCCUGACGGAGGGAUGUGAGGUGGCCCCACACUGCUGGGCUUCGUCAGGCGUCAGAGGUGGCCAAAGAAGGGUUUGGUGAGCCCUGUAGUCAAUAGGACUCUCUCCACUGACAUCAGUGUGCUCCAGACUGGGCUUUAACUGAGUGAUUUGGGACUGGGAGUGCCCACCCAGUGCAGUAACAAUGAGCCAUGCAGGAUCAGUCCUCUCUGUAGUCAGUGGGCCAGGACUUGUCUUUCCACAGAUCAUUUGGAAAUUGCGGAGUUGUUAGGUAUAGGCAUUGCGUUCUUUUCAUCUCAAAUUAAUAAUCCUGUUGCAUUACUCAUUUUAUCAAGUCUGAAGAAGAUUGAUGGGUUGGGAGUUGAUGAAUCUAUGGAUAGUAAAUAUGUUGAUAAAGUAGAACAUUUUGGGAUGACUUCACUUUUCAGCUCAGUAUCUAGAGCACAUAUAAAAGCAUUAUAUUGCAUGGGCAGAAACAUUUAUUUCCCAAGGUAUCAUGCACUGCUGGCACAGUUAUUUCUCAGCAGAGUGGGUGAUCCUUCUUUCAGCUUGUCAUUUUUAAAAGACCUGAUUUUCAGGAGGGGAGGGGGGCAUUCAGAGAGGGAGGGAUGGGUAUGCUGAUUUCCUUUACUGACUUUCCAAGGGAGCUAGAAGUCUUGUUAUAGAGCCUGUGUAUCCGUAACAGUGAUGUUAUUGCACAUUUCUUUCAAAACAUAGUAAAUAUAUUGAAACAAUUUCUGCUCGUAUUUACAGAAGCCAGCACAGUGCUUUCUUUUUCUUUCUUUU